GAGGGCACGGUAGGCGGUGGAUGGGAGUGCUGGCGCAGCUGCCGUGGUGGCAGCGGCUGGAGUGGCGGCGACCGAAGUGGCGGCGGCGGCGGCGGCUGCAACAGCUCUGGACUCAGAGAUCUUUGGCGGCGGCGGCGCCGGCGGGCUGUGCUGUGCUGUGCGGACCCCGGUGCAUGGUCCGGAUUGCUGGGGCGGUGCAUAAGAUGCGGCUGAUGGAGUUUCUGAGAAGCACCUUGGGCACAGCGGCUUUGGAAGGGACAUCAGACCAGAGACUACUUAAAGCCUUGACCAUAGCAUCCUGAGGGUUGCGGGAGAGGAGACCAUGGCUGUGAGCUUGGAUGACGACGUGCCCUUGAUCCUGACCUUGGAUGAGGGUGGCAGCGCCCCCCUGGCUCCAUCCAAUGGCCUGGCCCAAGAGGAACUGCCUAGCAAAAAUGGAGGCAGCUGUGCCCUCGGCGACUCCCGGGAGCCCAGCCUGAGCUCAGGGGGCGAGACCUCCCCCUCGAGCCCCACCAGACACAGCUGGGAGAUGAAUUACCAAGAGGCAGCCAUCUACCUCCAGGAAGGCGAGAAUAACGACAAGUUCUGCACGCACCCCAAGAAUGCCAAAGCGCUGGCGGCCUACCUCUUUGCACACAACCACCUCUUCUACCUGAUGGAGCUGUCCACGGCCCUGCUGCUGCUGCUGCUGUCCUUGUGUGAGGCCCCCGCCGUGCCCGCACUCCGCCUGGGCAUCUACGUCCAUGCGACCCUGGAGCUCUUUGCCUUGAUGGUGGUUGUAUUUGAACUCUGCAUGAAGUUACGGUGGCUGGGCCUGCACACUUUCAUCCGGCACAAACGGACCAUGGUCAAGACCUCCGUGCUGGUGGUCCAGUUCAUCGAGGCCACGGUGGUGUUGGUCCGGCAGACGUCCCACGUGCGGGUGACCCGGGCCCUGCGCUGCAUCUUCCUGGUGGACUGUCGGUACUGUGGUGGCGUCCGGAGGAACCUGCGUCAGAUCUUCCAGUCCCUGCCGCCCUUCAUGGACAUCCUGCUGCUGCUGCUGUUCUUUAUGAUCAUCUUCGCCACCCUCGGUUUCUACUUGUUCUCCCCAAAUCCUUCAGACCCGUACUUCAGCACCCUGGAGAACAGCAUCGUCAGUCUGUUUGUCCUUCUGACCACAGCCAAUUUCCCGGAUGUGAUGAUGCCCUCAUAUUCCCGGAACCCCUGGUCCUGCGUCUUCUUCAUCGUCUACCUGUCCAUCGAGCUGUAUUUCAUCAUGAACCUGCUUCUGGCCGUGGUGUUCGACACCUUCAAUGACAUUGAGAAGCGCAAGUUCAAGUCUCUUCUGCUGCACAAGCGGACCGCCAUCCAGCACGCCUACCGCCUGCUCGUCAGCCAGCGGAGGCCCUCUGGCAUCUCCUACCGGCAGUUUGAGGGCCUCAUGCGCUUCUACAAGCCCCGCAUGAGCGCGCGGGAACGCUACCUUAGCUUCAAGGCCCUGAACCAGAGCCAGACGCCUCUGCUCAGCCUGGAGGACUUCUACGACAUCUACGAGGUGGCCGCCUUGAAGUGGAAGGCAAAAAAAAACAGGGAGCAUUGGUUUGAUGAGCUGCCCAGGACGGCGUUCCUUAUCUUCAAAGGAAUCAAUAUCCUUGUAAAGUCCAAGGCCUUCCAGUAUUUCAUGUACCUGGUGGUGGCCGUCAACGGCAUCUGGAUCCUGGUGGAGACGUUCAUGCUGAAAGGUGGGAACUUCUUCUCCAAGCACGUGCCCUGGAGUUACCUCGUCUUCCUCACGAUCUAUGGCGUGGAGCUGUUCCUGAAAGUGGCUGGCUUGGGCCCCGUUGAGUAUCUGUCGUCCGGAUGGAACCUGUUUGACUUCUCGGUCACAGCAUUCGCCUUCCUGGGGCUGCUGGCGCUGGCCUUCAACAUGGAACCCUUCUAUUUUAUAGUGGUCCUGCGCCCCCUCCAGCUGUUGAGGUUGUUUAAACUGAAGAAGCGUUACCGCAACGUGCUGGACACCAUGUUUGAGCUGCUGCCGAGGAUGGCCAGCCUGGGCCUCACCCUCCUCACCUUCUACUACUCCUUCGCCAUCGUGGGCAUGGAAUUCUUCUGUGGGAUCCUCUACCCCAACUGCUGCAACAUGAGCACCGUCGCGGACGCCUACCGCUGGGUCAACCACACAGUGGGCAACAGGACGGUGGUGGAGGAAGGCUACUAUUAUCUCAACAACUUCGACAACAUCCUCAACAGCUUUGUGACCUUGUUCGAGCUCACGGUCGUCAACAACUGGUACAUCAUCAUGGAAGGCGUCACCUCGCAGACCUCCCACUGGAGCCGACUGUACUUCAUGACCUUCUACAUCGUGACCAUGGUUGUGAUGACCAUCAUCGUGGCCUUCAUCCUGGAGGCCUUUGUCUUCCGAAUGAAUUACAGCCGCAAGAACCAGGACUCGGAAGUGGACAGUGGCAUCGUCCUCGAGAAGGAACUGUCCAAGGAAGAGCUGGUCACUGUCCUCAAGCUGUACCGGGAGACGCAGGGCUCCGCCUCGGACAUUGCCCAGCUGCUUAAGACCCUCUCCCAGAUGGAGCGGUACGAGCAAAACUGCGUGGUGUUCCUGGGGCGGAGGUCCAGGACCAAGAGCGACCUGAGCUUGAAGAUGUAUCAGGAGGAGAUCCAGGAGUGGUACGAGGAGCAUGCCCGGCAACAGGAAGAGCAGCGGCAGCAGCCCCCCAGCACCCAGCAGCCCCCCGGCAGCCGGCAGCGCUCCCAGACCAUCACCUAG